AUGGAGCGCAAUGACGACAGUCUCUUAAGCAAGGAUAUCCCAGACGCGAAGAAACCAGACGCAACAGCAACGGUCUCUUGGCAAGGACAUCAGACGCCAGGAAUAGACGCGACGACGGCGUCUCUGCUGUGGUUGUCAGACUUUGAAGAUGAAUAUGACCACUCUAGGCACACUAUGGCACUUCUAGCACUCUAUGGCACACUAUGGCACUCUCUAGCACUCUAUGGCACACUAUGGCACUCUCUAGCACCCUAUGGCACACUAUGGCACUUCCUAGCACUCUCUCUCUAUGGCACACUAUGGCACUCUCUAGCACUCUAUGGCACACUAUGGCACUCUCUAGCACUCUAUACACACUAUGGCACUUCUAGCACUCUAUGGCACACUAUGGCACUCUCUAGCACUCUAUGGCACACUAUGGCACUCUCUAGCACUCUAUGGCACACUAUGGCACUCUCAGCACUCUAUGGCACACUAUGGCACUCUCUAGCACUCUAUGGCACACUAUGGCACUCUCUAGCACUCUAUGGCACACUAUGGCACUCUCAGCACUCUAUGGCACACUAUGGCACUUCUAGCACUCUAUGGCACACUAUGGCACUCUCUAGCACUCUAUGGCACACUAUGGCACUCUCUAGCACUCUAUGGCACACUAUGCACUCUAUGGCACACUAUGGCACUCUCAGCACUCUAUGGCACACUAUGGCACUCUCUAGCACUCUAUGGCACACUAUGGCACUCUCUAGCACUCUAUGGCACACUAUGGCACUUCUAGCACUCUAUGGCACACUAUGGCACUCUCAGCACUCUAUGGCACACUAUGGCACUCUCUAG